AUGUCCAAGGUUAUUCGCAGCGUCAAGAACGUCACCAAGGGGUACUCCAGCGCCCAGGUGAAGGUUCGAGAAGCAACGAGCAAUGACCCAUGGGGUCCCACGGGGACGCAGAUGAGCGAGAUUGCCCAGCUGACCUUUGCAUCAUCCAAUGAGUUCUACGAGAUUAUGGACAUGCUCGACAAGCGCAUGAACGACAAGGGCAAGAACUGGAGGCACGUGCUCAAGGCCCUCAAGGUCCUCGAUUACUGCCUGCACGAGGGCUCCGAACUCGUCGUGACGUGGGCCCGCGAGAGUAUCUACAUUAUCAAGACGCUGCGCGAAUUCCAGUAUAUCGACGAUGACGGCAGGGACGUGGGUCAGAAUGUACGCGUCGCCGCGAAGGAGCUUACAUCCCUCGUCCUCGACGAAGAGAGACUGCGCGCCGAGCGCAGCGACCGAAAGUCGUGGAAGUCCCGCGUGACUGGCCUCGAAGAAUACGCGCCUCAUCAAGCUGGGCCCUCGCACCGGGGAGGAAGAGAGCCCCGAGCGCGCCGCGACGACGAGGACGACGCCGAGUACAGGCUCGCUAUCGAGGCCAGCAAGUACCAGGAGGAGGAGGACCGCAAGAGGCGCAACCAGGGCCAAGUCGACGUCGACGACGAUGAUCUGGCCAAGGCCAUCAAGCUCAGUCAGGAGGAGGAGGAGCGGAGACGACGGGAGCUCGAGCAGAGCAACGCGAUAUCCCUCUUUGACGACACACCCACGCAGAGCACGCAGCAGUCACAGCCCGCCCAACCACAGUUCACCGGCUUCAACCAGGGCUAUCAGCAGGGCAGCGCAGUCGACUUCUUCGCCAACCCCAUUGACCAGAACGCGCAGCAGCCCCAGCCCACCGGCUACCUCGGCAACCAAUAUACUGGCUUUCCGCAACAGCAGCAGCAGACGGGCUUCCAGAAUGGCUAUGGUGGAUAUGGCAUGCAGCCCCAGAUGACUUCGUUGGAUCCGUUCGGCCAGCAGCAGCAGCAGCAGCAGCAGCAGCCUACCGGCAUGCCAGCAUUCCAGCCUCAGCCCACAGGGUUUAACCCUUACCAGCAACAGACACAGUCGCCUGUGGCGCAGACCCGUUCCCUCAAGCUGCUUCAGUCAGCCAACAAGCUCCUUUUGGCACGCCGCAGAAGGAGCUCAACGAGCACGAGGGCAAACUCAAUGCACUUCCUCGCGAGCGGCGACGGCAUGGACACGUACGGCAACACGGGCCAGCUGCGUAUCCCGGCCCAGCACACGGCGCCAGGCACUUUUGUCAACAGUGCCGGUUCGGGGGCGCAGCGUCUGACGGCGGACGCCACGGGCAGCAACCCGUUCCUGCGGACCCAGUUCACGGGUAUGCCGAGCACGACAUACGGAGGCAACCAGCUACAGGUAUCACAAACGGGCGCUCCCGGCCUGGGUGGGCAGGGAAACAACAACCCUUUCGCCGGAACGCAGCCACAGCAAAGACACAACCAGAACCAGGAUCUCAUUCAGUUCUAG